AUGGCUGGAGAGAGCAUGAUCGUGGCGAUUGGGUAUGAAGUUGAAUAUUUCUGGUAUCAAAGCGGGCCUGCUUGGGAACUGGACUGUGUCCCUGAUCCACAAGAUCCCGACCCUAUCCGCUAUGCGAUUCUUGCCUGCAUUGUCGAGUCCAUGCCUGAAGCUUUCAAUUUCAAGCUCAGCAUUGGGAUGCGAAGGGAUAAAAAGAACCUUCCUCCUGGGGAUUGGGAUGGUGUAAACAAUCCAUACGCACCCUACACUUCAGUGGCUGGACCAGAAUGGACAAGGCAUGUACUCCCUAUUGAUAAGGACUAUCUACGAGACGUUAUGCCUGCGAGGAUGCUUGAUUCGGAAGGAAGACUUGUUCUCCACGAGGAAGCAGAGAGCGAGAUUUUCGCAAAGAGAAACAUAGUUGCUACCGAGGAAAAGUUUUAG